AUGGACGCUUCUCAUGCCCGACCUGUCAAAGACCAUGCGGAGGAUCAGCUCCCAAAUGACCAUCCUCCGAUUGGCAAAACUGCCCCCGAGAAUCAAGACAACCCGCAGACUACGGUCGAUCCACCCUCGGACCCACCUGCUCCCGAAGACCCACAGAGACCUCCCUUGAUGGAUCAGCCGUUUGAGCCUGCUAUGGAAGCUCUCGCGCAGCUCGAACGCGAAGACCCUAAACUUGCGUUUCAAGCCGCAAGAAUCGUCGGACAGUAUCGGCGCUUAGUCAUCUCGGAUUCGAUUGUCUGA